AAUAAUGAGUUAAUCACUAGUAAUAAAUAAAAUGUAAUAUUGUAAACUUCACCGACCCAAACUUGAUAAAAGCUCGAAUCUCCGUUUUGGUAAGGGCGAGGAGCUUGACAAACCUGUCCGACCCAAACUUCAACAUAUGUUGUUGGUUUAACCAAGGCUUCACCGAGGAACACUUGGCUCCGACUGAGAAGCGGAAAGUCGAAGAGGAAGCUCUCGAGUGGAUGAUGGGGAGGUGGAAAGGUGCUUUACGAUCUACUACUCAUCUUCAACAAAUGGGUAACGCUAAAUCCACCAUAUCGAUCCUUUUCCUUCUAUUUACUCGUCGCCCAAUCCUUCAUCUUAAAAGGGCUGGUUGCUUUUAUUUCCAAAUCUCUUGUUCUUAUGCUACUAUUAGUUCCCCGGACACUGAAACUUCUGUGAAUGUGAGGGGGAAAGGCAAGCAUCAGUUUCAGUUUGAUAAUAUUGGUGAAGCCUUGACGUUGUUUAAUCGGAUGAUUCAUAGCCAUCCCCGCCCUUCUAUUAUUGAAUUUAGUCGGUUAUUAGGUGCCGUUGUUAGAAUUAAGGAUUAUGUAACUGCUGUUUCCCUUAUUAGACAAAUGGAAUUGCUGGGUAUUCAACACAAUGUCUAUACUCUCACCAUAUUAAUUAAUUGCUUCUGCCACUUGCAAUGUGUGGAUUUCGGUUUCUCUCUUUUGGGAAAAAUGUUUAAACUCGGUCUCCAGCCUAAUGUCAUAACAUUCUCCACUUUGAUUAAUGGACUCUGCAUUGUAAGUAAAGUAGCCCGUGCAGUGAUGUUGUUCAAUGACAUGGUCAGGGAAGGGUAUCAGCCUAAUUUAAUUAGUUAUAGUACGAUAGUAAAUGGUCUUUGUAAAAUAGGUGAUACUAGUGGGGCUAUUAGAUUGCUAAGGAUGAUGGAACAAAGAGGUUGUGCACCUAACAUUGUCACAUACACCACCAUCAUUGAUAGCCUUUGUAAGGAUGAAAAUGUUGCAGAGGCUUUGAAACUCUUAUCAGAAAUGAGAGGUAAAGGCAUCCCAUCAAAUAUUGUCACUUAUAGUUCCCUAAUUCAUGCUAUGUGUAAUUUGGGGCAGUGGAAAGAGGUUACUAGUUUAUUGAAGGAAAUGGUGGCUAACAAUGUCAUGCCGAAUGUUGUCACCUGUAAUAUAUUGCUUGAUGCACUUUGUAAAGAAGGGUUGGUUUCAGAGGCUCAUGAUGUGGUUAAGAAAAUGUCUCAAGAGGGUGUUGGAUCUGAUAUUGUCACAUACAAUACGUUGAUGGAUAGCUGUUGUUUGCGUAGUGAAAUAUACGAGGCAAGAAAGAUAUUUGAUUUGCUGGUUGGCAGGGGUUGUGCCCCUAAUAUUGUUAGUUACAAUGCUUUGUUCAGUGGAUAUUGCAAAGCUAAGAGGGUGGAUGAGGCAAUGAAUCUUUUUCAUGAGAUCUCUGAUAAGGGAUUUAUUCCUGAUGUUGUUACUUAUACCAUUCUUAUAAAUGGAAUGUGUGAAAUCGGGAGACUUUCGGCUGCACAAGAACUUUUCAAGGAGAUGUCUGCCAAUGGGCAAAUUCCAGAUCAAAUGACUUACUCAGCUUUGCUAGAUGGCUUAUGCAAACAUGGUCACGUUCAUGAGGCAUUGGAAUUCUUUCAAGCAAUGCAUAAUAGUGGGUUGGAACCUAGCAUUUUCCAUUAUAGUAUUCUACUUGAUGGCUUGUGUCAAGUUAGGGAGUUUAAACUAGCAAGGCAGUUGUUUCGUCAAAUCUUUGCCAAAGCAUUGCACCCAAACAUUUAUGUGUAUACUAUUAUGAUCAAAGCACUUUUUGAAGAAGGGCUACCAAAUGAAGCACAGGAGUUGUUUAGGAAAAUGGAAGAAGGUGGCUGCCUGGCAAAUAGCUGCUCUUAUAACACAAUGGUCCAGGGAUUUCUUCGAAACAAUGACAUGUCGAGUGUCAUGCAAAUUCUUCAUGAAAUGGUUGACAAGGGAUUUUCUCUGGAUGUCCCCAUGGCAGUCAUGCUAGUUGAUUUCUUAUCUACUGAUGAAACAAAUCAAACUUUUCCUGAAGUAGUCUAUAAAAACAUUGAAGACUAUCAAAUUGUAAAUGUCAAGUGAUUUCUUCCCAGUCAAUAUCAGGAUAGUAAAUUCUAACAAAAUUCCCAUAUUGUCAUACCUAGGUGGAAAUGCACCAAAGCUGGAAGCUCAGCUGUAGUUUGCCAUUUCUUCUGGUUUUGGGCUAGGUUUUGAUGGCUAGUGCCAGUCAUAAAUCUGCUUCAUGGUGAUUUACGAUCAUUCUGAGCUAGAGUUUCUAAUUUGGGAGGAUCAAGUAAUUGGAACUUUUUGGAAGAGAUCAGCAUAAAUUUGAGAUAGUCCAGAGCAGCCAAUGUUGAUGUGUGGUUUGAGUCACUUGCAUUCUAUGAAAAACUUGUUUUUACUAUCUACUUUCAAAAGCUGGAACCAAGGGCCAAAAACUCCAUUUGCAAGGGGUUCUUGUCUUGUUUUUUUAAGUAUUCAUUUACACUCUUCCCAUAAUGGAUAGGUUGCAGUUAAUUUGGAUUGACUGUAUAUAUGGGAGGUGUUGCUGAUUCGUUGUCACAAAAUAGUUCUGAAAAAUUCACUUAUCCUUGCAAAACUUAUGGUCCCAAUCCGUUCGGCCCCUUUCUGAUUAGUUUGCUACUUUUGAAGGCUGUGGCAAACCAUUGGAAGGAAAAUUGAGAUUGAUUUACUUUUCUGUUGGCAUAAAAUAUAGGUUCGACUACGGCAGAAAGGGUUGAUAAUCCAAAAAACCUACAAUUGAACCACUAAGAAGCAACUGCAAAAGUAUUGGGAGAUAGAAGAAUUUUCUGUGGCAAUCAGUGCGUAAUGAAAGAAGGUUUUGGCAGACAUGUCUUGAGGUAUUUGAGGUUUGGAAUCAUGCUCAAGGUGCAGAAAGUUGACUUGCCGGACAAAUCAACAAGAUGGAAGGAAUAAGCAAGCGAGAUGUUUUGCUGUGACAGCAAAUUGGGAAGAAUACAUGGAAUCUUAAAAGAGCAAAGCCAGGGUAGCAUGGGUGAGGAAUGUGCGAUGACUUGGUCAUUUUUGUCUAAACUCUUAAUAUUCUGUGCAAGCAGAGUUACACUGAUUAAUUGAUCAAAGAUUUACUACUUAACAAAUGGUUGAGUAGUUGAAGAUAUUUUUGCUCAUAUGCUACCAAAAAUUCAAUUAGUAAUGUAUUGAGGAAGCAAGGUUGGAGCCUGCUGAACUUGUUUUGCUUUUGAGUGUUAAAAGACAACAUGAUACCCUUCUAUCUUUUAUUUUGCUUAA